AUGUCUUUCCAACGAUCUACGAGUGGACGUCACACCAAACGAGAGAGCAGCAACAGAUACAAUAGUUCUCGAAGACCUUCCCCAAGCUCUCGGGAUAUUCCAUCGACUACAAAACAGAGCAGUCAUUACAGAUCACCACCUCCGUCUGAUAGCAGACUCCGAUUGAUCAAUGAGCGGCCCCCAGGCUGCCCCCGCUACUACAUCACGAGCUACCAAAUCCAACAAUACCUCCUAGAGGACUAUGAUGUCCCUGCAGCCUGUUUCUCUCAGCUCGUUGAAGCUAUUGAGAAAGCUCUCUACACUGCACCAUGCCCUGUCAGCUUUGACAUCAAAAUGGACCGUCUAUCUCGCUUGGAAGCUAGAUGGUGCCAAGAUAUUUCGAUUGAACUUCGCCAAAUCCUACCUCCAAGCACUCUAGGAUUUCUCGAAGCCAUAUUCACAAAGGAAUUGGGAUACUUUCUUUUCUGUCUCGCACAGAAUUGCUGGGAUACUAUGCCAGAUCCAUACUUCUACCCGAUCACCAAAAAGCAAUGCCCAGACAAUUCACUGGAAAGCUAUUCCAGUACUGAUGAAUACGUCAUCCUAAACAAGGACGGUACUCAAAACUCUAGGCCCUAUACCAGUUUUCGAGUUAAUAUGGCUCUACAGGAGCCUCACAUUACAUCGUCUUGUGGGAGAUCUCGAGCAUACUUUGAAAUGCCAACUCCUUUCAAUCGUACUCCUUCACCAACCUCUGCGAGCCCAAGGACCAAGCGUAAUAACGACAAUGUCAAUAGAGAGGGCACACCUGAUGGCAAACGUCGAAGAAAGGAAAAAAAUCAAGAAAACUUCCAUAGCGGGAUUACUGAACGCCGAGUGUGGAUAAUGAUAUGCACGCUUAUUGCGAUGAUUAUUGGAUACUUUCUUGACUCUCGAUCGAAAUAA